GUGUCACUUAUGAUUGACAUUUCCAAUUUUUCUUCUGUUGUGUUGAUUUGAUUUAUUUCCAAACAAAUAUUUUCAAUAAAUUAUUCUGUAAAUGAAUUGAAAGCGGAAGAAAUUGAAAUUACUUAACAUAGAAGUACAAUUAUGGGUUUGGAGCAGUUAACUGUUUUGAAUCUGUUUUGAUUAUGUCUGCACGAAAUUAUUUAUCGGCCCGGGAGAAAAAUAUAAGUAAACUAAUCGAUUGUUUGCCUAAUAUUAAUCAGCAGAAGUUUGGUUUUCGUUCGGGGCAGGAGCUACCGCCCUUGUCGGCAAACACAAGUAAUUUGGUGAAUCGCAAUUUGAACUAUUCGUUUGAGGUCCAGCCUUACAUGGUGAAUAGUCUCGAGAGAGCUGGGACGCCUUUCUCUGAUUUCUUCUCGGAAAGUGAAACAGGUACUCCAGACUUUCACAGUGAGGAAAGCGACAGUAGUUCAGGGUCUGCACUGCGCCGGAGCACAGCAGAGGCCACUAAGACAUUAGCUGCAGAGUGGGAACGGAUCGAGAGGACCCUAUACAAUGAGGAUGGGGAGAAAUGCACUCGGCCUGCAAUACUUGAUGAGUGCAAACAAUGGAGGCAGCUACAUCCACAACUUCGAAUCGUCGGCAAGGCGAUACCAUUGCCCGAAAAGCGCUUGUCGUACAGACAGAUCGAACACGACGAGGUGAUCGCCAUGCACUACAGCGACUACGAGCAGUUCAGCGAGAGCGAGGAGCGGCUGUCGCAGAGCAGCACGGACGUCACGCCGCAGAACUCGCCGCGCGUCUCGCUCGCCGGGGACCUGCCCGACCACAGGCUCGCCAGGGACAAGGUAUCCUUCUACCCCAUGUAUAACGACGACUCAGACCUACCCGACUCGUUCUGCUCUCUUCUACAAAUCACUCCAAUACACAUUCACAGUCCCUACAGAAAGAGACAGAAUCCGUCCAUUCUGAGAUCUGAGCUAGCAUCCUCCCGGUGGAUGAGGAACCCCAGACCAGACUCAUCUAUAAAUUGUGAUAGAAAUAGUGCUAAGUCUUUUGUUUCUUUGGAUACUAGAAAUUACGGGAACAUGGCUUUGAGUGCGUCGGAACGGAAUACGUUGAUGAGUAAUAGAGUCGUUACUGCAAGGCAUAGAGAUUUGGCAAGAUUAGAACCUAUAUGCACGCCAGAGAUACCGCAGAGUGACGUCACACGACUGCCUAACGGUACUUCAUCUCAAUAUAAUAUUAGAAAAGUUUCAUUGCCGCCUUUGCUUUUAGAGGAGGAGAAGAGAAAAGUGACUGUUGGCUCUGCUAAGAAGUACAAUGUUAAGACUAGAAAGUCCGUGCCUAGGAGCAUUUACCAGUUAGACAGGGUUAGACAUAAUUGACUCUUUUUAUUAAAUGUUGUCUAUGGAAUUUUAUAUUAGUAAAAUUCAAAUUUUCUAUUUCAUAAUAGGUCGUUAGAAUCUCACUAAUUUCACGCAUGUUGACAGUGUGAAAAUUAUUAUAUUUGUGAGCAAUACAAACUGCAUACCAAAGAUUGUGAUACAGUUGUUGGUGUGAUAAGAAUUACUUCAGUAUUUUUUUUUGUUUUAAAUUGAUGAUAGCAAUCACAUUUAGAGAUGAUAGGGACAUUUCUAAAACAGUGAUAGGUAUAUGCUAUUCUGAUAGAAACAAAGCAGUUCUGAAGUGAACCUUAUUGCUAUCAGCAUAAAAUCAAAGAUAUUUCGAUGUGAUGGCGUGUUGGUAGACAUCUGGUUUGAAUACAACGUGCACAUAUAAUUUAUACGAUACUUACGUCGGGACUAGACUAGUUUAGUUAGAGCUUGUAAAAUGUAUGAAAUUUGAUAAGACCACAAUGACACCAAAUAUUGUACAUAAACAAAGUUCACUAUUUUUGUAAAAAAAUCUCACCAAUGGUAAGUAUGGAGUUAUACUUUAAGUUAUUUUACUUUCUAGUCUUUUUACUAGUCUUUAGAGCGUAUAAAAUGUAUUUGUGAUUAAUUCUUGUGUUGUAAAGCACUAUUUUUGGAGUGUACAUAAAAAUGUUUUGUUUGUAGUUUCAGUUACUUGAGAUUGAAUGCUACGCCACAUUAUGAAUAUAUAUUUUCUUUACAAAG